CACAGCUUUCAUCACCAAUCCGCCGCAUGAGGUAGAUAGAUGUUGGGCCCUAGUUCUCGUGCAAAAUCGUUCGUCGCUUCAUUUUGGCAGCUUUUUCUUCUUCUUUGGACCCCGUCACUAAUGUAAACCUCUCUGGUUACCUCUCUGGUUUAAUCUUACUUUUUAUUUAACCCGCUCAAUCCACAGACGCCAAAUCGCCCCGCUGUUCCCGCAAGGCCUGUCGGCUGAGGAACCCCACGAUACGAAGAUAAGACCACUGGGAUCCCGGGUUCAUAUUCGGCAACGAGUAUGCUGCUCUUCCCUGACGGCGACACCAACGGCGGCGAUGCCAGACGUGAUCGCCUUGCUGCCUUGCCCGAGGAGCUGCUCUUUGAGACGCUCAACCAGCUUUCUCAAAAAGACUUAUGCAAUGUGUCGCGAUUGAACAAACGGUACCACAGGCUGGCCGAUGCCGUCUUGUACAAAAGCGUUCACUUCCAAAGCCCGGAGCUUCAUCUCACAUUCAGCGAGUCACUAGGCCGUCGGCCACGGCGUGGUUCAGCUAUCAACGAGGUGAAAUUGGUGUACCCUAAUGAGGAAUUGUCGCGACUGGCUUUGGACGGACCUGUCCACAACUCUCAUUACGAUCCCACGCGCUCUGAUACCCUCUCGCGCACGCUCUCCGUCAUGUCAAACUUGGAGAAGCUCGACAUUGCCGUGCCAGACGUUCUAUUGCGCGGUAUCGGGACCCUGUUCAACGGACCCUUCGACUUGGCCUACCUCAAGGAGUGUACGCUCUUCUACCAGUGCCCCAACGACGCCUAUUGGGACCUGCGAGAAAACAUUCACAUAUUUGCCCACCCAACGCUGGAAACUCUGGUAAUCAAGAGGGCCAAGCUUGACGAGAAAGGGUUCGACUUCAUGGAGCGGCCGCACGAGACAGCAUUGAAAAGGUUGCAUUUCGUUGAAUGUGACAUCAACGACGAUGGGCUAUCGGACCUUCUCGAAUUUCCAGAGGGACUGGAGGAGUUCGUGAUGACGCAGACGUCGGAACCGAGACCAGAACUGGAGGAGAGUUCCGACAAUUUCGCCGACUACGUGCUCGCGCUCACAUCUCAGGCGCACUCUCUGAAGACGUUGACCAUCGAUUCACCGACGCUUGGGUGCCGCAAGCCAUUGAGAAUGAGAGAGUUUGAGGCGCUCAAGACAAUGCGAAUGAACUGGGAUUAUCAACUUUUCGGUCAAACGUCCAAUAAACCACGAAUGCACUCGGUCGGCCUCCCGCCCGAAAUGGAAACCUUGGAGUUCUUCAACGAGAUGGGCACGGAUGAGGAGGUGACAGACCUCUUGCUCUACACCGUCCAGACUAGGAACAUUGUCGCUAAGACGUGGAGGACAUUCGUUGUGGUCGAGGGCGACGAGGGGGUGUCUGCAGAGAUUAAACAAGCAUGCAAAGAACAGGGUCUGAAGCUGGAUAUUAUUGGUGGCUUCGACACGGAAGGCGACCUUGACUAGAAGAGGAGUUGGGCGAACUUGGGUCUCAUACUAGAGGAUAAACAGUUGGUAGACAGUCUAGAAAACAAACCAAACAACUGAUGAGAGCAGACGGAGAAUAGACAAAAAACAGGCUAAGCGGACACGAAGCCUAAACGACAAUGUAUGAAGAGGUAUAAACUAGCAAUGUUUACGCUUGCAGUUUAUUGCUCUCAGUUCUCG